UUUGCUUUAGCCGCUCCGGACGCUCCUCCACUGACACACUUCUACUCACACUCAUCACACACGGCCUCUGUCCGCUCUCGUUCCCGUCACUCCGCUGCGUUUUUUCUGCCAAAGCAGGCUAACGACCCGCCCGCCGACACCCGGACCGGAUACAGGCUCUCUUCGCCGGCCCCGCACGAUUGUUUGUCGGCCGCUAGCUCCGGUAGCAGCCGGGAGUUCUACAUUUACAUGACGGCUUGUUCUGUUCGCGGCUGCGGGGGAGAGCUGCUGCUUCUCGGGAGGUUUUAGGCUGUUUAGUGGGUGGAUACGACGAGCUAACUAGCUAUCUAACUAGCUGACUAACCAGCUGACAGGUAGCAUCUCCGGUGGUGUCUCCAGCAGCAGCAGCAGACAUGGCAGGAAGACGCGCCGCCGUCGGGCUGCUCGUCCUGGCCGGGUUGUUUCGCUUCCAGCCCUGCGGCUCCUUCAACCUGGACGUGGACAAACCGUCCGUGUUCUCCGGACCGGAGGGGAGCUACUUCGGCUUCUCCGUGGACUUCUUCAAGCCCCAGGACAACCAGAGGUCAGAUGUUCUGAUCGGAGCUCCUCGGGCCAACGUUUCGUCCUCCAACGUGGUGGAGAGAGGAGCCGUCUACAGCUGCCCAUGGAGAGCCUCCUCCAGCUGCCAGAUGCUGCAGUUUGACAACACAGAUGACAGGAGGAAUACAGAGGGGAAACAGAUGGAAUUUAAAUCCAAGCAGUGGUUCGGGGCCUCGGUACGAUCUGAUGGAGAACACAUCCUGGCCUGUGCUCCUCUGUACCAGUGGUCGACCUUCGGCGUCUCUGAGCGUGAGCCGGUGGGAACCUGUUACCUCAAGAAGGGAGACAAAGUCGUCGAGUACUCGCCCUGCAGAUCCUCUGCCAGCUCACCUGAAGGGCAGGGAUUCUGCCAGGCCGGCUUCAGCGCCGACUUCUUGAAGAAGAACAACAAAGUGGUGGUGGGAGGACCUGGCAGCUUCUACUGGCAGGGCCAGCUGAUUUCCGAUGACGUCGCCGAGAUCUUCGCCCGCUUCGAUAGAAAAUACAUCACCCAGUACUCAAACACCAUGGCAACCAAGUCAGCCGGCGCCCAGUAUGACGACAGUUACCUCGGAUACUCUGUGGCUGUCGGAGACUUCAACGACGAUGGGAAAGAAGAUUACGUGACCGGAGUACCGAGGGGCGACAAAGCACUCGGUUAUGUGAACAUCUUCAACGGCCUCAACAUGGAGUCAAUGCUCAACUACACCGGCACCCAGAUGGCUGCCUACUUUGGACAUUCAGUCGCUGCUUCUGACGUUAACAACGACGGUUUGGUGGAUCUGUUGGUUGGAGCUCCGCUCUUCAUGGACAGAGGCUCAGAUGGGAAACUGAGGGAGGUGGGACAGGUUUCUGUUUAUCUGGGUCGAAGUGGGUUUUCCUUCCACCCGCCUCAGCUGCUGACGGGAUCGGAGGUUUACGCAAGAUAUGGAUCUGCCAUCGCAGCUCUGGGAGAUCUGGACAUGAAUGGAUACAACGAUGUGGCCAUCUCUGCUCCUUAUGGAGGCUUCGAACGCAACGGCUUGGUCUACAUCCAUAAUGGCGGCCCUCAGGGGCCCGACUCCACGCCCUCCCAGGUCCUGGAGGGCAAAUGGGCGUCCAGCUACAUGCCAGCUAGCUUUGGCUACUCCCUGAAUGGAAACACUGACAUAGACCAGAAUGGAUACCCAGAUUUAAUAGUCGGAGUGUUCGGAGCAGAUAAAGCUGUUUUAUACAGAGCCCGUCCAGUGAUCAGCGUGAACGCCACGUUGGACAUGACGCCUCAGAUCAUCAACCCAGAGGAAAAGAACUGCAAACUUCCUGGUACCAACACUGAUGUGUCCUGCUUUAAGGUGAAAUACUGUCUGAAGGCCAGCGGUCGUGGGGCUCCCGCUACUCUCAAUUUCCGUGUGGACCUCAUGUUGGACCGCCUGAAGCAGAAGGAGGCGACCAAGCGAGCCCUCUUCCUCCACAGUCGGAGCUUUCAGUACUCCAAGAACAUGACUGUGAACAACGGAGGCACCACGGCCUGCGAGGAGCAGGAGGUCUUCCUCAGGGAUGAUGGUGAGUUCCGGGAUAAGAUCACGCCCAUCUCCGUGGUGAUGGAGUACAGUCUGGACUACCAGCGGGCUGCAGAUCGGUCCGGACUGCUGCCCAUCCUCGACAUGUCGACGCCAUCCAACGUCACCAAGCAGGCUCACAUCCUGUUGGACUGUGGAGAUGACAACAUCUGUAAACCCGACCUCAAGCUGUCGGUGAAAAGCGAUCGUGAGCAGAUCUACAUCGGCGACGACAACGCUCUGACGCUGGAGGUCAGUGCUGAGAAUCAGGGAGAAGGAGCCUACGAGGCCGAACUCCACGUUUAUCCUCCUCAACAGGCAGACUUCACCGGAGUCGUCCGCAGUCAGACUCUCUCCAGACUGUCCUGUGCUUACAAGAAGGAGAACCAGACCAAGAUGGUGGUUUGUGAUCUGGGAAACCCCAUGAAAGGAGGAACUAAGAUUCUGGCCGAGUUGAGGUUCAGCGUCCACCAGCUGUCGGAGGACGACACAUCUGUCAAGUUUGACCUGCAGAUUGUCAGCUCCAACCAGUUUAACAACACCAGCCCUCGAAUCUCCAGCGUCACCAAGCUGGCCGUCCUCGCCAAAGUCUCCAUCAGAGGGUCAUCGUCUCCUGGUCAGGUGCUUCUUCCCAUCGCUAACUGGAAACCCAAAGAUCCUCCUGUAGUCGGAGACGACAUCGGACCGCAGAUAGUCCACGUCUACGAGCUCCUGAACAGCGGACCCAGUACGUUCAGCAAGGCAUCGCUGGAGGUGGAGUGGCCGUACCAGUUCAAGAACGGAUCUCUGCUCUACAUCACCAGCUACGAGACCGAAGGACCCAUCAACUGCACCACCGAAGUUCAGAUCAACCCGCUCAACGUCUCCAACCCGUUGACCUCCCAGAAGAACACCAGCGUUGUUCCGCCCAGAGAACGAGAGACGGAGGGACGGAACCGGAACCACGUCAAGAAGAGAGACCUAGAGGCCCGAGACGCAAACAACGACCUGCAGACACUGGACUGUAACACAGCCGAGUGUUUGCGGCUGAGAUGUCAAGUCGGUCGUCUAGAGAGGAGGAAGAACGCCAUCCUCUUCAUCUACUCCCGUCUGGAUGUCAACAACUUCCUCAGGACUGAGAACCAGAAUCGGUCGUAUGUGGUUCGAUCCACAGCCUCCUUCAGUGUCAUCGAGAUGCCGUACAAAAACCUGGAGACGGAGCUGCCGUCCAACAGCACAACUGUGAGCGUGUCGGUGAUAUGGGUGAGCGAACCUUCUCCGUCGGUACCAGGUUGGGUGGUGGCUCUGGCUGUUCUGGCCGGACUUCUGCUGCUGGCGCUGCUCGUCUUCAUCAUGUACAAGUUGGGUUUCUUUAAGAGAGUGCGCCCCCCGCAGGACGACUGCACCGAGAAGGAGCAGCUGCAGCCGGAGGAGAACGGCAACACUGACGCUUAGAGGUCCGACUGAUGAACUGAAAGUCCAGGAGAGAAGAAGAAGAAAUCAGGGUAAAAAAAAAAAAAGGCCUCUGAGAGAAUUUCACUGUAUUGACUGUUGGAUGGCAGAUAAUGGUACUGGUUUAAGGUUUAAUGAGGUGUUUUUAUUUUUUACUAAGUCAUGUCGUGUUUGUGCCAAAAGAGAAGCUGGAAAAACACUGGUCACAGGGGAAAUCCUCUACGUUAAAGGAAGAGUUUGACAUUUAUGGAGAAUAAAACCCAUCAACGAGCUCAGAUGUUUAGAUCAUUUAUGCUAAAUACAAUGAGACAACAGACAGCUGGUUAGCAUUAGCUUAGCAUAAAGACUGGAAACAGCUCGGUCCCAAAAUAUUACAAGCAAAAAUCCAAGGAUAAAAGCAACAACUCAGCAUUUUAUGAGGUUAAUUUUACAUUAAUAAACCACAUAUAAACAUUUAAUUAAUGCUUCAAAGCACACCAUAAUAGAAGCAGAUUAAAUGUUUAUUAUAGUAUUUAGAAAGCACUUCAUGUCAACACACAUUUUGAAUAUAUAAUACAAAAUAUGUCCUUAUAGAAAUUCAAAAAGGUUAAUGAACACUUUAAAUGUUGUUAAAGAUGUCUAGAUUGUAGCAGAUAAAGAGUGAAGGCACAAGUUUUCAUUUGUAUGCUUCAGUUUUUGUAAAAAUUAAACAAGAUGCAACUAAAAAUCUACUAGACAACCAAGUUUUUAUUCAAACUGAAAAGAGGGUUGGUGUAAAAUUAAGUUUGAUAUCUAUUCUCAUUAUUAUCAACUUCAGAUUUUCCUUUUUGGUAAUGUUUUGGUUUAUUUUGGUUAAAAAAAAAAGGAGCUAAAGAAAGAUUUAAGAUGUAAAAAUAAAACUCCACAGUUUGCUUUACAUUGUCUACAUUAAUUUAAAAGUGCCUUCAUCAUGCCUUUAGAAGUGCUUCCAGGUGGGCCUAGGCUAGCAGUUUCCCUUCGUUUCCAGUCAUUAUGCUAAGCUAAGCUAACCAGCUGCAGCUUCAUAUUGUUCCCAAACUGUUGAACUGUUCCUUUAACGUAUCAAUGGACGUUUUCGUGGGUUCGUUCCAACAUGUAAAUGAGGUGACAGUGACAACAUUUUUUCGUCUUUUUGCACCAGAUCACAUGGAGAUUGGCCUGAAUUUGCACAUAUUUUUAUUUGUCCAAACAUAAAACGGUUCAUUAGCUCCAGGUGCCAAAACUGCUGAUAGACAUUUUUCAGAGUUCUCCGGCUUCGUAAAGGACGACGGGGGAGUUUUUACCACGUGUAGAUGAAAAUAAAAAAGCAGUUUUAAAAUCAAACAGAAUCAAAGGAUGAAUGAAAAAGAGAAAAUAAGUGAUUGUGCAAGAGAGAGAUUAAAUUAUUGAACAUGUACGAUAAAAACAGCUCAGAUUAAAGCUGCAGAACGAGAUGACGAACCAGAAGAUUGUGGGUAACUGCAUUAACCUCCUUUAAACUGAUCGGUCUGUCGUCGUAACCUGAUUAAUUGACAGAAAACUGCAAUAACAGCAACAUAAAAUCUGUUGAUGGAUGUUUUUGGGUGAAGAUGGUUCAGUUUUCUGUGAUUGGGGACCAUGACGGAGUUACACGAGUAUACGUACGACUCUUCAACUUCUCCUUCCUGCUUCAUGUGUUGGGGAGCUGGUUACACGCUUGGGAUGCUGGUUUUUGGGUGUUUUAUUCUUUUUUUAAUGUUUAUUCGUAGUGGGUCCAGCUCAUUUCAGUAUGAUCGACAAACUGUUUUGUUUUUUUUUUGCUAAAGCUAAUGUGUCCUUUUGUUGUUCAGAUCAAUGCAAAUGUUACGUUAAUAAGUCGUCCUGUUGAAUUGAUCGUUCGCUAAACUCCAAACCCGAUUUUUUUUUUUUUAAUUUGCUGGUAAGUAGAAGCGGUGCGAUGCCCCCUACAGGCCGAAGUUGCUGUUAGGGUUUUUGUAAAUUGGUGUAAAAGUUGUGUGGUUAGUUAUCCUCAUUAUCAAAGAGUGCCAUUUAAAAGAGAAAAAUAUAUAUUUACGGAGCACCUUUUGACAUCAGAAAUUGGAAAUAAUUUUCAAUACAUAACAAAAGGAAGACAGGAAUCUGCACAAAUCAUCAAGUGGUGACCAUAAUAGCUUUCUAGCCUCAGUGUGUUAGCAUGUUGGUGUCAUGCAUGAAGCAAUCAUACUCACAUUUGCAACCAUUUUUGCAGUAAUCAAAAGUAAAAAUCUGUCAAUUUUUAUUUGCAAUCAAGCUAGUGUUAGCUUAACUAGCUAACUACAGGGUGUCAGCAGGGUUGCUAAAGUUAACUUUAAAUCCUUUUUAAUUCCAUAUUGAGUGUAAUUUAACACAUAUUUCACCAACAUCUCCAAAAUAUAAAAAUAUUGAAGAAUUAUUUGUUGUUAUAUCUUAAUUUCCAGCUGUAUUUAAGCUCAGAUGGAGGCCUGAGGAACAGCACAAAAUGUGUUAAUGGAUAAACAGACAACAAUUAUGAGGAUUUGUUAAUCAAAAGAAGCUGAGAUUGCAGCAGGUUUGAUAAUCGAUUGCUCAUUUUUCAUGCAAAUAUGCUGGAUUUAGCAGCAACAUGUAAAGAUGUUUGAGUUUUGGACUCAUAAAUGGACAAAAGGAAUUAAUACAACUGAUGAAAUAUAAUAUUUGACUCUUAUGAAGUAAUUUUAAGAAUUCUAGACGCUCUGUAAGUGACUGCAGCCGUAGCAACAGUAACUAAGGGGGGCGGGGCUUAACGAACGGUCGGUUACAGUCGUUACUUUCCCGCCUUUUUUCCUGCACUGAGGCCUCUUUGUCCUUCCACCUCUGGUGUUUUUAAAUAGUGUUAUUUUUCCUUAAAAAAUGGCAACUGAGAACAAAAAUGCGACAAAAGCAGGUUGCCGCUUUAUGUUUUUGUUUUGUUUUUGUUUUGAGUGUGUGUUAAUAUAUUAAAAAAGAAGAAAAAAAACAACUUUGCUAUUUACCCAUAUUGGGUUUGCAUUAUGAAUUCAUGUUUAAGGUCGAUAAUAGUUUUAAAAAGAUAUAUAACUCCAGUUAACAAUCACCAUGAAAUACCUUCACAGAACACUUUAGUUAGAACUUUACAUCCGCUGCUUUCAUCCUUCUGCUGCUCCAAACACCGUCUUCAUUUAGUUCUUUUCCAGUCAGACCUGCACUAAAACUACUGGUGAUAUCACUGAAUUACCGCAGAUACAAACCCUGAUACCACGAAGGACAAGAGUUUAUUGUUUGUUGCCUUUUUUACACUGAGAUGAGUCUUGAGUUGUGAAAAAUAAAUAAAAGACGUUCAAAUCCAACAGAAUUGGCUCAAAAACAAGCAAAAACGCUGAAUUUGUUGGUCAAAUUUAUUAGCAAAUUAAAAUUUAGAAGAACAAACGUGAUGCUUGUUUAAUUGUUUCAGUCAUUUUUCAAACAAUAGCCAGUUUUUCUUGAGUCAUUCUGAACAGAAAAGUCUUUGUUUUUAGACUAGAAAUGAGGCAAAGUUGAAAGUUCAGAACUUUGGAACCUUUUUCAAUGUCAAACCUGAAGUAUUUCUCUGCAAAUAUCACACGUAGAUGUUAUUUCUGAAGAGUUUACCAAUAAAUAAGUCAACUGAUCAGCUGUGGUUUGAUCAGAAUUCAUUGAAAAACAAACAGAAAAACAAAUAUUCACACAAAUACUCCAGAAUUCUCACAUUUCAAGGGAAACUAUUGAACAUUCCUCCUUCAGAGUAGCAACUGGCAGAGUUUUUAACAUGAAUUCUCAGAUAAAUCUCACUUUUUCUGGAUAAUUCUCUGUAGAUUUAGUUAAAAUCUGCACAUUUGUUGAUAUUUCAAAUUACUGCUCAUUUAGGGGUAGUUAGAUUGACUGAUCUGUCACCAUAGAGGCUCAGAAUAAACCUGUCAACUCUAACAAGAAGUCAAUUAAUCAGUUUGAAAAACAGCAGAAGCAAGUAUUUGUGAGACUGUCACACAUUUACUGGUUAAAGAGAUUGAAAACUGAGCAUUAGGGAUGAAAAAUGUUGGAUUUUUGCUGAUUUUUUAACUUUGUCCACCACUCUCUGUAGUGGAAAUACCAUUUAUUUUACCAACUCUUGGCGUGCGGACAUUAAAUACAAUCCUUUAUAAAUCCACACAUUCACUGAGCAUAAUGGUACGAUCACAAUCCCUGCUGAAUGUUAUUGUCUAUUAAGUAAAACAAGCAUUUUUAUUUUCAGCUUUGGGAGUUACUAACAGGAAACUCUCGGCACACAUUUUAUAGACCUUCAGAGAAUAAAUAUUUCUUACUUGCAGCCCUGCUUGGGUCAUAUUUCCAUUUGAAUGUUGGUAAAAAUUUGCAAUUUUGACAUUUUUCUAUCAGAUUUAAGACCAAACCUCGUCCAGCUUCGGCAGAAAAUCGUGUUUUCCAACUGAAACUGGCUGAUAAAGUGUUUGACUUUGUUUAUUAAAGGUAUCAGAUGGUUUGUUGGGAGCACUGAUCUGAGGUCAGCGGUAUCUGACAGAGCGGCUUCACUGCCCCGUUCAAACCUUCCAUAAAGACUUUUCUAAGGUGAUAUCAGACAUUUCUCUCGUCGCCAGGGUUCAGCAGGACCCAAAUCGGCUCACUUUGACCUCAGUCGGUUCAAAUUACUCACGUUAUUUUGAAAUUUCGCUUCUGUGUGAAUGUUUUUGUUUCUAUUUUUGACAUUUGAACGCAGCAGAAUUACAAGAGUUCCAGUGAAGUCAAAGUCAGACCUUCCUGAAGCGACUGAAUCUGGUGGUUUGAUGUCGGUCCUGCAGCUGUCUGUCGUGUUUGAGGGUUUUUAUGUUUUCUAUUUAAUACCACUCUGUCUUUCUUUCUGCCAGGAGAAAAUAUUGACUAUUUUUGAUGUAUGUAUUCUUUCACCUAGACAAUAAAAAAUAAAGAGAUGAUUUCACCUUUGAACUGAAAUAAACUGAUUUGUUCACA